AUGUCGUCUUUAAAGAUCUACUGCAGAAAGUUACAUCAAUUGAGGUCUACAAUUGAUGGUAUCGGAGGCCCCAUACAGGUUAGAAUAUUACACAAAUGGAGACAUGAUGUCCGACGAUACGAGACUUGGUACCUAGCUGUCGACAGAUUUGGGGAUGCUAUACAAAUUCUUGGCCAACGGACCAGCCAGAGCUACAUUGAGUCCGUUCUCAAUGUUUCACAAUGCUACACCAUAUCGGAUUACAGUUGCCCUCACUUGGAUAAGUAUCAAAAAUUCCUUGAAAAUGACUUCUACAUAGAUGUUGGCCUGACCUCUGUCAUAAAACCACUUGCGGAAACAAUAAGCAUACCCAAAACCUGGUUUCGCUUCGUCUCAAAAUCACAGCUGAUAGAACUAGGAGAAAGUCCGCCGUAUUAUCCAGACUAUAUUGGCGUACUAUCUAAAUUCAGGGAUUGCACCAAAGCAACUGGAGAAUCAUUUGUGUUACUCAUCCUAACUGACGAAAGUGGUAGCGAACUCGCAAUCAAUCUAUGGAAAGAAUGUAUAACUAAUCCAGAAAAAUUCAACCGUUACUGGUUUCAUCCGGCACCCACAACGACAGUUGUUGCAGCCACGAACCUAAAACCCUCAAUAUCUAAUGGAGCACUACGCCAUGGAUCAUCACAUGCUACACAUAUCUAUGUCAACCCGCAAAUACCGGAAACGACGGCCCUGAUAAACCUCUUUGCAAGACCUUCAAGACCAGUGGCAACACUAUCAGGAACACCCUCCACCCUAUAUGACAUCAAAACAAAAAAUAGAUCUGAUCUCUUGGAUAAAACAUUCACAGUACAGGCCUCAAUCAAAGAAUUUCUCUUUCAAAACAGUUGGUACCAAACCACAUGUCCGAGCUGCAAAGAUCCUAUCUUUAAAAGGGGUGAACAGUGGUACUGCAGUGCUCACGCACUGAUAGAAAAGCCAACUUACACAUACAAAUUUACAACCACCAUCACCGAUUCUACAGACACUAUAUCUGCAAUUAUAUCUGAAACAUCAUGUCGGAAGCUGCUAAACUCACCACUGGAAAAGUUUAUAUCUGACAAUCCAUUGGCUGACAGAAAGAACCUACCCUCAAUCAUCACCAACCACAAAGGACACACAAAAAGAAUGUCGAUCCAAAUGCUUAGGACAUCCACUCCUGACAAUGUCCGCUUCAUGAUAAUAGAUAUCGAAGGAUCUACAACCGUGCCCGAAACGUCAGUUCCAACAACUCCAGCUCUGCCUCGAAUAACAAGAAUGCGACCAAACAACAACACACCGGACUCAUCGACAGCCAUUCCACAGGCCUCACGCACUCUGUCCUACGAACCUACAGGACCGACGUCAACAAAAAAUCCAAAGCGUACCUACAAAGAAUGA